GGUCACGCGGAAAGGGCUGGGGUCGAACCCGGGCGGGACACCGCGAUCACGGGCUCGGAGGGCGGAGGGCUCCCUGCGGCUGGAGCGGUGUCCGUUAGCUCCGCACACUCAUCGCCGCUGCUCCCGAGAGAUCCGCCCUCCCUAUCACCCCCGCUUACAGCGCGGGAAACUGAGGCUCGCGGCUGCGGCAAGUGCAGGACGACACCAGUUUUACCGACACGCUGGGCACGUGGUCAUCGUCUUCCUAGCAGAUGCGUUGUGAGGCCUCGGGUGGCCCCGGCGCUGGGGAGGCUCGGCCCAGGGCCCCCGGGCUGUGCUGACUGGGUGCAGGAUUGCCUGGCAGAGGUCAUGUAGGGCUCAUGGUGCGCCCGGGUCCUGCCAUGCCUGGCGUGCAGCAGGAAACCUGCACAGCGGGCCGCUGCUGGUAACCCAGUGGGAUGAGAAAAAGGGCCUUUGGAGACGCUGCCACGUGCCAGGACCGAGCUCAGAGCCAGAGGGAGAAAGAAGAGUGAAACCCAGGCUGACCUGACCCGCAGCUACAGCACAGGGUGUUUCCAAACAGGACAUUCGGGAGCAGAUCUGGGACUACAUGGAAUCACAAAAUAUAGCCGACUUUCCCCGGCCUGUCCAUCAUAGGAUUCCCAACUUCAAGGGCGCUGCUCGGGCCGCUGAGCACUUCCCGCGCUUGCAGGCGUUCAAAAUGGCCAGGACCAUUAAAGUCAACCCUGAUGCUCCCCAGAAAAACGCUCGCUUCUUCGUCCUCGACAACAAAAAAACAUUGUUGGUUCCAACACCGAGACUGAGAACAGGGUUAUUUAAUAGGAUCACACCACCCCCUGGGGCAACUAAAGACAUCCUGAGAAAAUGUGCCACCUCGCAGGGCGUGAGGGACUACAGUGUUCCCGUGGGCUUGGACGCCAGGGUCCUCGUGGACUUGGUGGUGGUGGGCUCCGUGGCCGUUUCUGAAAAAGGCUGGAGAAUUGGGAAGGGAGAAGGUUAUGCUGACCUUGAAUAUGCCAUGAUGGCGUCGAUGGGAGCAGUCAGCCAGGGGACGCCAGUGGUCACCAUUGUCCACGACUGCCAGGUCGUCGAUAUACCUGAAGCGCUCCUCGAGGAUCACGACCUCACUGUGGACUACAUUCUCACUCCAACCAGAGUCAUCGCCACGGGGUGUGAGCGCCCAAAGCCAACAGGAAUCACGUGGUCUAAGAUCAGCUGUGCGAUGAUGGGAAGAAUCCCAGUACUCAGAAGCCUUCGCUCCCGAGAGAAGCAGGCCGGGAGAGACGUCGCGCUUCAGGAUGAGCACCCGCCCCUAGGAGCCCGCAGCCAGCACGCAGCUCCGCCAGGCGCUGUAAGGAGACCCGGGGGCCCAGCCCAGCCGGAGGCAGGUUCCCCGCGGGGGGAGGAUGUGCCUUCCGACACGGUUUACGUGGGGAACCUCCCCCGGGACACGCGAGUGAGUGAGCUGAAGAGAGCCCUCCGAGAGCGGGGCGCGGCCCCACUGCGGCUCACCUGGCAGGGCCCACAGCACAGCGCCUUCCUCCACUUCCAGGACCCAGCCGCUGCCCAGCAGGCCCUCUCCUGCUUACAGGGCUUACACCUGGGUGCCACCACCCUGAAGGUGGCGCUGGCCCGGCAGCAGAGGGCCAGUGGCCUGGCAGGUGGCCAUGCCAGAGAGCCGCACCCAGACCAUUGACCGUCAGUGACAGCCUGACCUCCGGGGGCCCGUGUGGUAGGAUGCGGCCCAGCUGCUGCUACACGAGCUGCUUUGACCAGGUUCGUUCUUUCUAGGAAGUCACAGCCGCAGGCCCCGCCUCCCGGUGAUCUCCUGACGAGGAGGGAAGCUGACCAGUACGCUUCCUACUCUCGGGAGGCUGAGCGCCCCAUGGGUUCAGUUCUGUUUGUCGUGGUCCUCGGCCCACUGGAUGGCAUAGCCAUGCUGGCUCUCUGGGGAGACCGCCGUUGGAGGGUUUAGAGGACCAAUGAGCAAUAAGCGAGUGGGAGUGAGUGGUGACAGUGGAUUAGAAGAGUCCGAGGCCCCGGCAGGACCAGACGCAGGAGCACCGUGGGGCAAACCAGGACGCGCUCGUGCCCCAGGACCCUGCGCGGCACUGCUGGAGGGAGAGCUGCAUUCACAUCGCAGAAGCCAGGCACCUCCGCCUCCUGGGUACAAGCCGCUUGUCUCAGCUCAGUCCUGGUGUCGGAAAUGGAGAGCUGGUGCGACAUGGACCCUUGGUGGAGCGGUCUCCCCUCUGUCCUCACCCUACCUUUCCAGCCCUCCUCCCCCUGGGCUUCGCUCUGCGCUCGCCAGCGGCUGCGGACACAGCAGGAAGCGCUGGCUCGUAGGAGACAGUGGUUUUAGGAACUGAGCCAUGCAGGCCUAUAUCACAGGCAGAGUCCGCAAGUGCUCUCGCACUCCCAUUUACCCAAUACCUAUGUUUCCUGAGUUUCUUCCUCUAGUUCCUUGUUCCUAAAAAACAAGCUGGAUUUUGGCUGAACUAUGCUUUCUAAACAGAAGCACUUUUGCAAUUGAUCCUGGGCACAGCGUCAAAAUAAGCAUUUAAGUGGAGGUUUCAUUUUUCCAAAUGUACAUGCAUUGGAAAUUUUAUUUUUUCACCAGGGGGCCUUACUGUGUAUUUUAAGUACAUUAUUAUGCCUCAAGAGGCCAGGCCUUGCACGAACUUUCAAGAAAAUAUUCUUAAGGUACUCAGUCUCCCUUGGAAAAAACAUUUCCUUUUUGGUUUUACAAUGAAAAUACUGUGGAGACUUCGGGAAGAAAAUCUAUCCAAAUAGAUAUUUCUCUAAGGAAAUCUAUCCAAAUAGGUAUUUCUCUAGCAAAAUGGGACUAUUCAGGAACAACAAAGAAUUGUAAUUCGGGACGCAGGGUCUAAUGGCAAACCGUGUGAAAGCCUUGAGAAACAAAGGAGAGGAAUGCUCUUUUAUGGACUUGGGAGGAGCUGUUGUAAACGAAGAGCCCAUUGGAGGAAACUGAAAGAUGGAAGUGUGACUUUUCAUUGGCUGAGCUGUCACUAGGCCAGAAGGAAUCCUUCUUCUUCCUGCUGAGGCAGCAAGUAGAAUCAUGCCAUGGGAGAUGCGGGGUGGUCCCUCCUGUUGGGGUCAGUAGUGUGCAUAGAGUGGCACGUUUGAAAGAACUCUCUUCCAGCUUCUGGACUCCACUUUCAAUGAGGUUUCACCAUCCUUAGAUUUGUUCAUUAAAUGCAGACUCCUUUUCCAAGCUGUCAUGAAUAAAAUGAGAGUAGAUAAAUACCUUAAAACGGACCAGGACCUUCCCUGCCUUGGGACCUCUGGGCUUCCUCUCUCUUGGCCUGAACUGUCCUCCCUCGUCUGCAGGGCUGGUUUUGUUUUGUCACUAGGCGCUCAGCAGGGAUGUCAGAGGUCGACUCUGGCCACCCAACCCAGAGUAGCGAGCUGAUCAUCCUAACUCCUCACUGUUUCCUUUUGUUUAGUUUUUCUUUUUUCCAAGAAUACCUCUUGUAUUUGGCAUGUUCUUGUUUGGUUUUUGUUGACGUUUUCACUGUUGACUAGCACUUCAGAGCAGGAAAUGUGUCCCUGCCGAUCUUCUUCACUCCUGCUGUACCCCAGCUGCGAACAAGUCCUGGCACAUGCAUAGCAGCUCGGGAAACAGCUCGGGAAACUAACAUGUGGAUGGAUUCACCCAAGCCAGAGAGGGAAAGGAGAGCAUGAUGAUACCACCCGACGCCCUUUGUCCAGUUGUGCAUACGCCAGCCUGCCGUGGAUGGCAUUACACCCAUCAAUAGUGGUCCCUCUUGGUUAAGCCAGGUCGCUUGGGUAUUUUGUCGCUCCCAGCCAGAAUAAUCCAGAUGAAUGAUAUAUAGAUCUGAAUGAGUUUCAUCAUGUUUAUAUUUGUGGGAAAGUAGUAUAAGGAAAACUAAAGGCCACCUGCCUGAAAUAGAAGUCCCCCAAACGUAGCAGCCUGGGCCCACCUUUUACCCUCCGUCCUGCCCGGGCAGGCCUGGACAGGCUUCCUCAGAGCCGCCAGGAAGAGCACUCAGAUUGCAGGACAAGCGCUGAGGAACCCCGCUUUUUGUUCCCAAGACUCGAGUACUUGUCAGAAUCGUAAUUGUAUAAUUUACAUGACAAUAAUGAGGUUGAAGAAUGGAAAAUGACCACUUGACAACAUGCUGAGAAAUAUAGA